UCUCCCGGUAAGUUCUCCCGGUAAGUUCUCCCGGUAAGUAAGACUCAAAGCGAUGAGAAGAGUUACUCUCCGACAGUAGGCUCGGGAGGGGAAUCGAUCUCGAAAACAUUUACGCUAGCGACCAAGUUUGGCCAAGGCGUUGUAAUUGAUGAGAGACUUGGCAGGUGCAUUGACUCUAGGAUGGCUCCUUCCCUUGCUUCAUAAUGGUCAUAGUAUAGGUCAUAGUAUAUAUAUACAACUCGCUCCUUCCAGUUUUAUAUUUUUAUAUAUUUAGUGUGUAAUUUAGUAUGGGAUGAAUUAUAGUAUGGAAUUUAGCUUAUCGUAAGUUAAAAAUCAGGGGAUUAUUAGUACCUUAUUUCGUACUUCUUGUCGAAUGAACAGUUACUAGCGUUUACUGAACUUCCAAUAAACUCACAAUAACCAGAGAUUAUUAUAAGUUUUACAGUCACCCAUCUUUCCAUGUAACACCAACAGGAUACAUUCCCGGUUUUAUAAACAGUUACUGUAAAGCUGAAAAGAUGGCAUCGGCAGCGAACAGGCAGACACGACCCUGCCAGAAACUGAGCCAAGAAAGCGGCCCAACAGCACCCAGGAAACUGUCAGACACUAUUAUCUCCAGACUCAGCGAUGUAAUAUUUGGGAGCAAUGCAAUCGAGGUGGUAGGAGGGGCCAUCGGAGUUACAGAUCGGUUUUGUCGCCAAGUUUUCAGCGGCAAGAUACCAAACAUCGAAGACAUUGACGAGGGAUCUGACGAAUACACACUCGAGCUUGAUCACCUUUCUUCAAGCGGUCGGGCAACGGACUUACAAUCUGUCAUGCGCUCAAGACACGAGAUUGUCCAGCAUGCACUAGCUGCAAAGCACCUCUUUGACACGAUCGUGCUACAAGAUGUCCCUCUCGACGAAGAUAUCAUAAAGGAGACACAUCGGAUCCUCAUGCGCUUUUCGGAACACCAAGCGUCAGGAGGCACCUACAGAGAGUCGGACGAGGGAGCAAGCCAUGGACUCCGCCUUGAAACAGACGAAGAAUACAAAAAACGAGUCCAAGACUGCAAGCGGCUAAAACCGAACCGACCUGUCCCCCAGAGGAAGCAAGUCCCGCUCUUCUCCUCGAAAUUCGUCCGCGGCAAAUCCGUGAAGCUCUUUAUGAGAAACCUCGUUGGGGAACACAACGAGCGAAUAAAGACAGCGGAGAAGACCGGGGAAAUCAACGCUAUCGACUUUGCUUGCCGGCUUUCCACGGCGUUUGUGUGUAUCCAUCCCUUCGAGGAUGGCAACGGCCGAGUGUGUCGUCUGCUCCUCAACGCUAUGACUAUUAAGUAUGCGGGGAAAGUGGCAGAUAUCGGCAAGGAUCCGCAGGAGCGGGAAGAAUAUCUCCGAGAUGCAUGGUUCGCGAAUACAACGUUCAGGGAUGAAGAGCAGCGAGAUAUCCCUUGGGGGGAACAGACAGCUCACGUCAGCCUCGGCCGUAUGGUGCUGGAAAAGGUUACGAACAAAAUGCGUGAGACUGGGGACUGAUUAUGCGGGAAAGAGGGCUUUAACAUCAGUAUCGAC